GAAACUUUAAAGGAUAACAAGGAGAAGGUGAAAAGAAAAACGAAGCAGACAAAAUGGCCUCAUUUCAAAUACCAUUGAUCAAUCUGGAGCUGCGCGAGGUGAAGGAGAUUGUGUGGGAGAAGAUACAGGAGCCGGUGAACCAGCGUCGCCUUAUCCUAGUUAUCGUAUCCAUUGCCCUGUUGCUGGACAACAUGCUGUAUAUGGUCAUUGUGCCCAUCAUACCCGACUAUUUGCGCGAAAUUGGCAGUUUCGAUGAUGGUCCGACGCCACCACCGCUGCGAGACAAUAUUACCGGGCAGAUAAUACCGGUUCAUCACGAUCAUCAUGGUCAGGACUCGGCCACGGGCAUACUCUUCGCCUCCAAGGCGAUUGUUCAGCUGAUGGUGAAUCCGUUCUCGGGCGGACUGAUCGAUAAGAUCGGCUACGAUAUACCCAUGAUGAUUGGCCUAACCAUCAUGUUCUUCUCCACAGCGGUAUUUGCCUGCGGCAGCAGCUACAGUGUCCUCUUCUUUGCCCGCUCCCUUCAAGGUGCUGGCUCCGCAUUUGCGGACACAGCUGGUCUGGCGAUGAUUGCAGAUCGUUUCACGGAGGAGAAUGAACGUUCACAGGCGCUAGGCAUUGCGCUGGCCUUCAUCAGUUUUGGCUGCCUGGUGGCGCCACCGUUCGGCGGUGCACUGUAUCAAUUUGCAGGGAAAGAGGUGCCUUUCCUCAUAUUGGCCAUGGUCUGUCUGCUGGAUGGUUUGAUGCUGCUGCUGGUCAUGAAACCGGUCAAGGAACAACUCAAACAGAGCAAAGAGGUCCAGACUCAGACUAUACCCAUCUGGCGACUCCUCAUGGAUCCCUAUAUAGCCGUAUGUGCUGGAGCACUAACGAUGUCCAAUGUGGCGCUGGCCUUCCUCGAGCCGACCAUAUCCCUGUGGAUGGAGGAUAAUAUGACAACGGAAAACUGGAAAAUUGGCAUGGUCUGGCUGCCGGCCUUCUUUCCGCAUGUGUUGGGCGUGGUGAUCACCGUUAAAAUGGCCAGAAAAUAUCCACAGCACCAGUGGCUGAUGGCAGCCGGCGGAUUGGCGUUGGAGGGCUUCUCCUGCUUCAUCAUACCAUUCUGUAGCGGCUACAAGAUGCUCAUGUUGCCCAUUUGUGUCAUCUGCUUUGGCAUUGCGCUCAUCGACACGGCAUUGUUGCCAACUCUCGGCUAUCUGGUGGAUGUGCGCUAUGUAUCUGUGUAUGGCAGUAUCUAUGCCAUUGCGGAUAUCUCGUAUUCGAUUGCGUAUGCCGUUGGCCCCAUCAUUGCUGGUGGGGUGGUCGAGGCGAUUGGGUUUACUGCCCUCAACUUUCUCAUUGCCUUCGCCAAUCUUGCCUAUGUGCCUGUGCUGCGCAAGUUGCGCAACAUUUACGAUUUCAAGCCGUUCGAGAAUGAGGCUAAUAUUUUGAUGCAGGAUCCACCGAACAAGGAGUACCAAACGUAUGUCAUGCACGACCAGAAGCCCGUCGAGGGCGAGCUAAAGAAUCACCUUGAGUACGGACAGCAAUAUCAGCCGGAACAGGAGACUAAUUUGGAUGAGCAGCAGCAGCAGCAGCAGCAGUACGAGUAUCAAUCACAGCAGCAGCAGCAGCAGCAGGGAUAUCAACAGGAUCAGAGCUAUCAGCCGGGCUAUCAGGAGCAGGGUGGCAGCUAUGCUCAGCCACGUGUUGCAAAUCCUUUCCAGCAACAGCAGCAGCAGCAGCCGCAAAGCAGAGGUCCUGCCGGACCAGCGAAUCCCUUUAGACAAGGAUUUUAAACUGUUGUCUAACACAAAAAACCAGAAAAAACAAAACAAAAACAUUUAGUUUACAGCAAAUUUAUAUACAAUUUGUUUAUAUGUUGAAAACUUGAGGCGUUUCUUUGUUUCGUUUUGGAAUACUUAUUAAACUCACUUAUAUUUCGAUAGAAUAUUACCUAUUUAUAGUAAGUGGUAACGUACACUAUAAAAAAAAAAGGAAAAAAGCAUUGCAUGCGAAUAGUUCAAGCAGCUGUUAGUUAAAUGCCAUGCACCAGUUUUGUAUUAUACACGAUCGUUAGUUAAAAGAGCUGUAGUUUAAUGAUAGAAGUAACACGCACGCAGCUCUAUACACACAUAUACAUACAUAUAUACAUAUAUAUAUAUAUAGCGCCAUAUCGCCAGAUAUUUGGACGCAUAAGCCCUAUACUCAGUACUAAAGCAGCCGUGUCUAUCAGAGAGAAGCUAGAGAAACCAAAGCAUAGUCAUAAUUAGAUCGAACUCAAGGAGUGGCAGUGGUUCCUGCUGCUAUCCGAGUGCACAUCUAUAACAGAUAUCACUAUAUAUAUUAUAUAUACAUAUUUAUACAAUAUAGUAUUGUAAGCGGUGCUGCUGACUCGGCAUCACUGUGCCACAAGUGCCGUUAUGGUAACCAGGCAAUGACAUCCAUAUCGCAGACAUAUCACAAUUUGCACAAAUCGAAAACAGAUGAUGAGAAGAAGAAGAAGAAGAAACCCUUUCGGUUGUCAUUGCGACGGACUUGUGCGUUUCCCAGUGGCACCAGGAGAGCAGUGCUAUAUGAUUUUGAUUUGAAAAGUUUUCGUUGAAAUAUAUAUUUAACAUAAGACACAACCAAGGUAACGAUACAUAUCAGAGUCUCAAUGGCUCGCCUGUUAAAAUUACCAAAAGUGAUAUUAACUAUUGCUAUAGUAUACAUAAAAUCUCACUUAUAUCGUAUAUAUAUAUAUACUUAUACAUAUAUCGUAUCAUAUCGGAA